AUGUCACCAAUCUUAUUUAAUAUAGUGGUAGAAAAAGUAAUAGGGGAAAUUAAUAUUACACCGCAUGAAGGGGUUAAAUUCCAGAAAUCUUGCAUAGGACUGCUGGCUUAUGCAGAUGAUGAUUUGGUGAUCAUGGAGGAAUCACAAGAUGGACUAAAAUUUCUUUUAAAUCGGCUGGAGAAAGCAGCACAGAAAGUUGGACUUCACAUUAAUGAAGAAAAAACGGAAUAUAUGGUGGUAGGAAGGCGAGACACCAUGGGAUUAUAUGCGACGCUCAACAUCAACAACCGAAAUUUUAAAAGAACAAAAAAAUUUAAGUGCCUAGGGUGUAUACUCUCAGAGAGAAAUGAAAUCGAAAUAGAAAUAGGGGCAAGAAUUCAAUCAGGAAAUAAAUGCCGCUAUGGUCUUGCGAAAUUAUUGGGAUCAAGAUCACUUUCAAAAGAUCUAAAAAUACAUCACAUUAAUACGACCGGUAAUUACUUAUGGAGCUGA